UUUAUUGUGAAAAUUAGCUUGAAUUGAACUAAAGUCUCUCGGUCUUUCUAGAAAUUGGAUCAUCGACAGAGCAAUUUGACACAUCAAGCGAGAAACAAAAUGGUGGCUGCUCAGCCAAAAUUCAGCAUAGGACCGAAUGGAGUCGGCAAAGAAAACUUAACACGCACGAGUGGCGCAAAAACUCAAUUCUUACUUCUUCUACUGAUUUUGAAGUUCGUGUGGUGGUGAUUUAUUAACUGAUUUCAUUAUUUUUUUUCAAUUUCUUCAACAGUUGGUGUUACAAGUUUUAAGGUUUAUUCAGAAAGUGAAACUACCAACGCUGAAGCUAAUAGCAGGAGUUCUGUACCAGUUAACAAAGCAUCUACCCUGGAGAAUACAAUUGCUAUAAAGGCUGGUUUGAAAACUAAGGACAAGAGAAAAGGCAUACUUGGUAGUUCUACAGCAAAUGCAAAUAUUGGGAGAAGAGCAUUGGCCGAUGUCAGCAAUAUGAAAAGCAAUUCUUCUAGGAUAGCAGGGGGUGAUGCCUCUAAGAAAAUGAAUGGUAAAAGUGAGAGAAAGAAAUCUUUGCAACGGGUUUCCGUGGGUACGGGCAUUAAGACUAUGAGUGUAUCAUCAAGGAGAUCCUUCCUGGGAAAAGGACAGGAAAGCCCUAGCCAAGGCGUAUCUAGGUUGCAGACUUCAAAGAGAGCUAUUAAAGACUUGAAGGCCCCUUCAGACAACCAAAGGACCAAGGCUAUGGGUCUCGGCCGUGAAUCUGUUGCUGCAGAUGGCAGGAGGACUUCAAGGAAUACACUUAAACUGAUAAGGAAGUCUCUGCCGGUGUUAAAGGUCAACCCAGAAGAAACGAGUAUUCCAAAGGAAAAUGCUGGAAGUUCUGAAAAUGCUGAAGAAAAGAGUGGGUAUUAUGUUAGGGCUAAAGUUGGCAGGACGGUAGUACCCAGAGUAAGCAACAAUGCUAGGAGCCAUCUGUUGCAGAAUCGAGUAUCUCACUUGUUAUGCCUGGUGAGUUCCCUCUUGGGUUUCUCCAACCUUUCAGCAAAAAAGGAGCUGAAAAUGUUAUAUGGAGCGCUGGGGGUUUUCAUUUUGGCCUUCAAAGGGAGCAAGGGUAGUGAGAGACUUGAGGGGCUCCUGGGUCAAGCUAAUUCAAAUACUCGUGUGUUGCCGAGAAUUUCUGUGAGACCAAUUCUGAAGUCCACACUGAAUACUUCCGAAUCCCAAAGGACUUUGAAAUCGAAGUGUGCAUCAGGUCCAAAAAAAUUGGUUUCUGCUACUGCAACUUCAUCCAAAACUGAAAAAGUGGUUACAUCUUUUCUUCCUGAGAAUGUUAAGCAUGAUUCCACUCAAGGAGAGCUUCCAUCUGAUGGCAAGUGCAGCCAUAGUGUUUCAAGUACCAUCUCCAGGAGAAACUCAAAUAGGAGGCGAUCUUACACAUCUCUGUUGAUGACUGGAUCAAAGUUACUAGAGGAACGUGAUGAAGCUAUGAAACAAGAAGAACUGCCAAGUAUUGAUGAUGAUUGCAAUCAACUGGAAGUUUCUGAUUAUGUUGAUGAGAUCUAUCAGUAUUACUGGGUUUCUGAGGCACAGAAUCCACCUCUGGAAAAUUUCAUGUUGAUUCAGGCAGACAUUACUCCUCAUAUGCGAGGCAUAUUGGUCAAUUGGUUAAUUGAAGUACACUUCAAAUUUGAAUUGAUGCAAGAAACACUUUAUCUCAUGGUCACAUUGUUGGACCAGUAUCUUUCUCAAGUCACAAUCAAGAAGGAUGAAAUGCAGUUAGUUGGUCUCACUGCACUCUUGCUGGCAUCAAAAUACGAGGAUUUUUGGCAUCCUAGGGUCAAAGAACUAAUUAGCAUCUCAGCUGAGUCAUACACAAGAGACCAGGUCCUCAGAAUGGAGAAACUCAUGCUUAAAAAGUUGAAGUUUCGUCUUAAUGCACCUACUCCAUAUGUUUUCAUGUUAAGGUUUCUCAAGGCUGCUCAGUCAGAACCAAAGCUUGAACACCUAGCGUUCUACCUUAUCGAGUUGUGUUUAGUUGAAUAUGAAGCUUCAAGGUUCAAGCCCUCAUUGCUGUGUGCAGCAGCCCUUUAUGUCGCAAGGUGCACCCUGCAGAUAACUGCGGCUUGGACCCCACUGCUCUGCAAACAUGCUCGCUAUGACGUGUCCCAAAUCAGAGACUGUGCAGAGAUGAUCUUAAAAGUCCAAAAAGUUGCCAGAGUGGGACGGUUGAAGGUCACGUAUGAGAAGUACAUGAGGCCUGAUCUCAGUGGUGUUGCAGCAAUAAAACCCUUGGAGAGACUUCCCCUCUGAUUCAGCUCACAUGGGAAGAUAAGAAUGUUAACGAUCGGAGGGAUAAGACUUUCUGAUUUCAUUCAAAUCUUCUGCUCAAGACUGUUCUCUGACUUCAGCACGUAUGGGAGAUGCUUUCCCCCGAUGUUGUUGAAGUCUGUCAGGAUAUAACUCUGCUUGUAUAUCUUACUGAUCUAACACAAUGAAGGGCAUCCGUCAAGCUUGUUAAAGAAGCCUUGUUUUGUAGUGCUCCUACUGGUGAUGUUGACACUUUAGGGCUUUUGGGAUUGUAAAGUCUAUUCAUUUGGUACCACAGUUCACAUCUGUAUGUUCUGAGAUGAUAUUAGUCUACACCCUAUGUGUAACAACUAUUGUUGUUGCUAAGAAAAUAUGAUCUUGGAACUGAAACACAUAUUGUUGUUGUAACAACUAUUGCUAUAUGAAUUUCUAGCUUCCUUUAACGGUACAUAUUGCCUUGAUCAA